CCCCAAUACUUCCCCCCUGUGGUCAAAUAAAUAUAAAGCCCUAAAGCUAUAGAUUGAAGUCGCUCUCGCAGUCUCUCUCUCAUUCAUUCCUAUGCGUAGGCUCACACGCCUGCUCUCUCCUCUUUCUCUCAGAAUGAUGAUUCUAGGUACCACUCUUGGUAUGGCUUUCUAUUUACUUCAAGCUGUUUCUGGAGAAAGUGGCUAUGCAGAGAAUGAAUUUUGGAGACAAAGCUGACCCACAGAUUCUGAAUCCAAACAAUAAGGAGACUUUGACGACGCAGAGCCGGACGACUACUCCUUCUCGUGCUACAGUCAGCUGGAAGUGGAUGGACCUCAGCACUUGCUGACCUGCUCAUUUGAUGACCCGGAUGUCAACAGCACCCAUCUGGAAUUUGAAAUAUGUGGGGGCCUUUUGGACAUAAAUUGCCUGAGUUUUAAUAAACUGCAAGAGAUGUAUUUCAUCAAGACAAAGAAAUUCUUACUGAUUGGAGACAGCAAAAUAUGUGUGAAGCUUGGAGGAAAGAACAUGACUUGCAGAAAAAUGAAAAUAGUCAAAAUAGUACCUCGGGGGAAAUCAAAGCAGGAGACACUUAGGCAGCCACCACCCCCAGCAAUUAAACCUGAGGCUCCUUUUGACAUAAGAGUCACCUACCGUGAGGGAGCAAAUGACUUUGUGGUGACAUUUAAUACAUCGCACUUGCGCAAGAAGUAUGUGAAAGAUUUAAUGCAUGAGGUAGCCUACCGCCAGGAAAAAAAUGAAAAUGAUUGGAUGCACAUGAACUUGUCCAGUACAAAGCUGACACUCCUACAAAGAAAGCUCCAACCCAAUGCGAUGUAUGAGAUUAAAGUUCGGUCCAUCCCUAACACCAACUACUUUGAAGGUUUCUGGAGUGAUUGGAGUCCCAGUUUCCACUUCAGAACGCCAGAGACCAAAAGCACAGGGGAGGUGGAUCCUGUUUUACUAACCAUCAGCAUUCUGAGCUUCUUCUCUGUGGCUCUGAUGGUCAUUCUGGCCUGUGUGUUGUGGAAAAAAAGAAUUAAGCCUAUUGUAUGGCCCAGUCUCCCAGAUCAUAAGAAGACUCUGGAGCAACUGUGCAAAAAACCCAAAAAAAAUUUGAAUGUGAGUUUCAAUCCUGAAAGUUUCCUGGACUGUCAGAUUCAUAAAGUGGAUGGCAUUCAAGCGAGGGAUGAAGCAGAAAGCUUUUUGCAAGACCCCCUUCCCCUACAGGUCGAGGACUCUGAGAGGCAGAGGCUCGGAGCCAGUAUGCCAGGUCCCAACUGGCCCUCCAAGCAUUCAGCCAUCACCCCAAAAACUUUGAGAGGAGAGUCACCGUUCAGAUGCCUGGCUGGGAAUGUCAGUGUGGGCGAUGCUCCUGGGCCCCCCUCCUCCAGGUCCCCAAACUGCAGGGAAGGUAGCAAGAAUGGACCUCUCAUGUACCAGGACAUGCUACUUGGCCCUGGAACCACAAACAGCACCCUGGCCCCUCUGUUUCCUUUCCAGGCAGGAAUCCUGCCAUUGAACCCCUCUGGCCAGGGACAGCCCAUCCUCACUUCCUUGGGGUCUAGUCAAGAAGAAGCCUAUGUCACCAUGUCCAGCUUCUACCAAAACCAGUGAAAGGCCACAUCUACCAAAAGUAGCGAAGGCAAGACAAAGCCACGAAGCUCAUUUUAUUUCACUUUUCUGAAAAAGUACUCAAGGGAGAAUCCUCCAGGAGCCUGAGAUGUCUGUGGUCCUCUUGUUCCUCCCACCCAACUGCAUCCAUUGGUGAUGGGAAAACCUGCUUCUGACUCUGGACAGUGGUGCAUUCGAGCAGCGAGCUGGGGAGUAACCCUUCCAUGCGUGUAGAGACUCUGCAACCCAAAUUUAUCCACAGUCCCGAUUUCUACUGCCAUGGACAUUGCCACAAACUUCAGGGAUGAAGAAUUUCAAGCCCAUGCUGCAAGUGAACCGACGGUGGCCAUGCUCCUGGAGAUACAGAGAAGAGACAUACUGUUAGUAUUUGACCCGUUGUCUUGCAUUUCUUGGUCUACAUACAUUUUUAAAGGCUGCUUCAAGCCAAAUCAAGGCCACAGAGCAAUCUCCUCUUACAGGAGGGAGCUGAUCCCUCUCCUUAGGCUCCCAGACCUGGGCAGGGUGGAGGCAGCAGGGAAAGUAAAAAAGGACAUUGGUCCAGGA